AUGUCUUUGCUCGGCCUCUCUGAGGCUGACCUGCUGGUUCUCAUCGACUUCAUCCGUUCUCGGGCUAACCUCCCUCCGCAAAUUACCUCUAUUCUAUCUAAGCUUAACCCAGCUGCCUCUCUGGAGCCUUCCAGUCGUCCAGUGGCAUAUCUGUCUCCUUCGCUGACACCAAUGCUGACCCCCACUCAUGCUAGACCUCAUCUUCAAGGCUCAGUUGAAUUACCUUCGAUCCUCGAAGACCUCGCUGCAGCUGGCCACUCUGAGGACAAUGCUACCUUUGAGUACCUCCACCUCCAGCAUACGCAUGGACCCCCUCCAGAUUCUCUGGGUUCUCCACUCACCCCAUCUCCUGGAAGUCUGUAUGAAAAUCAGAAUGCCGAUGCCGACUGGCCUGUUGAGGACAAGAAUGAGGUUGAGGAUGAGGGCGAGGAGAAUAUGGAGGAUGAGAGCGAGGAGAAUAUGGAGGACGAGGGUGAGGAGAAUAUGGAGGAGGAGACAUUGGAUGAGGAGCCUCUUAUAGACUUGGUGCGUCAUCUUGGUGGAGGCAACUGUGUUCGAGGGGGAAAGAAAGCAGGCAAGGCACAUGGAAUGGCGUUGGUAGAGAAUGAUCCUGCAGAGGAGGAUCAAUGCAUGGAGAUUUUUGAGGAUGUGAAUAUCGAGCAGGGUGAUAGUCCAUUCAAUGAGAGUGACUGGACAGGUCUCCCGGCAGGAACACCAGCACGGUGGACUGUUGCUGACAUUCCUGCUGUUCUGGUGGGUGGGCCUGGCAAGGCUGCUACCCACUAUGUUGCGUUGCUUGCUGAGGGCACAUCAAGCAAUGUUGAAGGCCCAGAGGUUGCUAUUUGGGUUGGUGCCAUGAAGGGUCUUGUCGAAGGUCAUACGUGGGAGCAUCUAGAUAGCGCCUUCGACACUAAUGCAUUGAGGGCACUCGUCUACCGUGUACAUCGAGCUGAACAUGUGCUGUUGGGCACAAAAGUUGUGGCAAUGUUUGCGAAGGUCCAAUUGGCCAUAAAGGUAGAAAUCACCCUUCAGAGAGACAAUGCUGGCCUGAAGAAGGGGAAGAAGAGGAAGAAGCUUUCAGACCUUUACAAAAAGCACAUCGCCGCAAUGGAGAAUGCCCUGCAAGAGAAGACGUUCCGCAGGUGGGUAGCAAUUGGUCAGAGAUUUGCAGCUCUUGCUGCAGCGGGUUCUGUAUAUCUCCUUAUCAUCAUUGCUGCUCGUGGUCAUUACAAAAUGAUCGGGUCGCUGCAACAGCCCACCAUCUGGGUGAUGUGUAAUACGUUACGGUGGCCAAAUCCAGAUACGCUUAUUGGACAGCACAUUCUGAGUCGACUUAUCCCCCUCAUUGACUAUGUCCGCCAAGCUAUUCCUCUGAGUAUAGACACCAUCUUUCCACCGUCCUGGCUUCAGGAAGUUGGACUAACACGGCACAUUAACUGUCAAGAUUUUGAUCUAACGGACACUUUCUUUGACACGUUUACAUAUAAAUGUUUUCGAUCUGUUGAUCGUCAUCGCCCUUCAUGGGCACCUUGUCUGAUCUCUGAAGAUAUCAUGGAGAUGGAUGAAGGCCCUACGUCCAUGUAUCUGAUGACUAGAAAUCUCCUAUCUGCGGCAUCUAGCACAGCUUCAAUGCAUCUACCUUCUCCGAUAAUUGAUGCAGAAGGUGAACUAACUGGCGAUGCAGUGGAUCUGCAGGAUACUAGGCUUAAUAGAGAUCCCUUUCCUGAUGCUCCAUCAUUCCGCUCUGAGCAGUUCUACACUCCAGAUGCAAGUUCUCCACAGUAUCUGGUCCUUGAUACCAAUUUUGACCUGGAUGCUCCGAUAAACAAGGCUUGUCCUUAUCCCAAGAAGAAGAAGGAGACUAGCAAGUGGAUUAGGUGA